AUGAAUUAUUUUGCUUGCCCUAUUCAUAAUGGACAUUUUUUAUCACUUGUCUGUACAGAAAAAUCUUGCAAUGAAGACCCAUUAAUUUGUCGUAAGAAUGUUUAUAAUAUUAUAGCUCUUUGUGAACAUGCAGAUCACUAGUCUCACAAUACCUUACCCAUAAAACUUAUGCUAUAAUAAGUAGAUGAUGCAGUCAAUAAUAAUUGUGAUGCUACACAAUAAAGCAUUAUGGAUGUUUCCAUUUUCUUAGAUAAAUCAUAUAAUGAAUGUGUUCGAACAGUAAAAACAAGGUUAUAAAAUGAUAGGUGAAUCGAUUCAAUGAAUAAAUGCAAAAUAUAUCAAAGUAGUUGGCUAAGAAAGUUGAAACAUAUUAUCUUGAUCUGAAAAAUCAAUUACGAAAUUUUUCACUUUCUAAGACACCAAUUCAUUUUUUGCUUGAUUCUUUAAAUAUUCCAGUAGAAUUAAUAGAAUAUAAAAAGAAUAUUGAGUAAAAUUCAUUUUAUAAUGACUAGAUAAAUUUUAGAGUAAUAUUCAUUUGGAAAUGGAAUAGCUGUAAGAUAAAGUAUAAAUUCAGCAAUAAUGAUUGCUUGUAAGUCAUAGAUUACAUAACUUAAUGACUCAUUACAUGAUAUAUAAAUUGAAUUUGAUAAUAAAGUUGAAACUUUAAGUAAUAUUUUUAAAGCUCAACCUGUUACAGCAACAGAUUUAGUAUAAUCAAUAGCUUUUUAAUUUUCAUAAAAAUUUAAAGGAGCUAAUAUUGGUUUAAGUGGAUAAAAUAUGAUUGCAGAAUAAAAGACUUCAGAAUCAAAUGGAUAAAGAUUUAUUAUUUGUGAACCUUGUUUACCAAAAAAUGGUGUUUACAAAUUUGGAUUUAAGAUAAUUAAAUAUGCAGGAUGGAUUGGAGUAGGUGUUUGUCAUAGAGACAUAAUUGCAAGUGCUAAUUAUAAAUUUAAUUAUACAAAUAUAGGACAUGGGUACAUUUUAAUCAUUAAUAAUAUAUAGAUCAUAUUUAAUAUCAAAUAAUGCAUAUUCUUGGUCUCAUUUAUAAAAAGACUUGAAUUCAGCACAUAAAUCAUUUGAUUUUGGAGUAGGUGAUAUUGUUGUAAUUGAAGUUGACAUCCCAAAGAAGAAAAUUACAUGGUGGAAAAAGAAAAGCUAAUUGAAAUUUGUAAGAGAAUACACAUUCUAAUUUCUAGUCUAUGAACUUGGAUACAAAUUUAGACUUGUAUCCAUGUGCCAACUUAUGUAGUCCAGGUGAUACGGUUGAAAUUGUCAAUAAGGUUGAGUCUUGAUU